UUGCAAAUUGAGUGUCUUGGGGUCGGUUUUGGUUUGCUCAGCUGUUGGCAUUCUUUGGGCUCUGAGUGGUUGAGUUGACCUUUGACCUCCUGGGAUCGCGUCUGGAGAGUGCCUAGUAUUCUGCCAGCUUCGGAAAGGGAGGGAAAGCAAGCCUGGCAGAGGCACCCAUUCCAUUCCCAGCUUGCUCCGUAGCUGACGAUUGGAAGACACUCUGCGACAGUGUUCAAUCGCUGGGUGGGAAAACCUCCUUCCAAGCCUCCUUCCAGGAUUCUUCCUCACCUGGGGCUGCUUCUUUCCCAGAAGGCAUCAUGGCCGCCCUCAGACCCCUUGUGAAGCCCAAGAUCGUCAAAAAAAGAACCAAGAAGUUCAUCCGGCACCAGUCAGACCGAUAUGUCAAAAUUAAGCGUAACUGGCGGAAACCCAGAGGCAUUGACAACAGGGUUCGUAGAAGAUUCAAGGGCCAGAUCUUGAUGCCCAACAUUGGUUAUGGGAGCAACAAAAAAACAAAGCACAUGCUGCCCAGUGGCUUCCGGAAGUUCCUGGUCCACAACGUCAAGGAGCUGGAAGUGCUGCUGAUGUGCAACAAAAAUCUUACUGUGCCGAGAUUGCUCACAAUGUUUCUUCCAAGAACCGCAAAGCCAUCGUGGAAAGAGCUGCCCAGCUGGCCAUCAGAGUCACCAACCCCAACGCCAGGCUGCGCAGUGAAGAAAAUGAGUAGACAGCUCAUGUGCACGUUUUCUGUUUAAAUAAAUGUAAAAACUGC